CGACCUGAAAGAGCUUCAUUGCGCCGCGAGACUCCCGCACGUUUACACGCGCACCGUUCAUUACUCCAGUUUUGUCUCGAGGACUCGACGCGCGUAAACGCGCGCGCACAUUCUUUUCUUGUUUUUAUUCUUAUUUUGUUUUGAUCUUGGAGAACAGUGUCUCACUCUCCAAGUUCUCUUUUUUAUUUUGAGUCGCCCGUGUUCAUCGUUCUGCGUGAAUAUGGAUACAAAUCAGGCGCCUCUUUCUCCGCCAGCCUCGCCCCAGUUGAAACAUAUAGAACCGCUGCAAUUAUCGUUCAGUGUUGCGGCUCUGCUGGGUGAGAAGCUUACAAACCAAUCGGCAAGAUCCAGGCGGAAAGACGAAGAGGACGCAGGUCCUGUUCUACCGCCUACCCCUCAGCCCUCCGACUCGGAGGAGGAUGAGCCACCCCGAAAGCGGCGGUGUGUCGAGCAAUGCGAGCUAGCCAAGUUGCUGCUAGACGGUACGCCGCCGCCGAGCCCAGAGCCAACUCGGGUUUCAGUAAUAAUGCGCGCCAAUCGAGAUGGUACCUGUAGUCCGGCCAAUCUCGCUGGGUGCCCCGCAACCGGCCAACUGGUACCACGUGAUUCAUUCGCGCGACAGUCGUCCAGUCCACGAGCGAACGUGCAAGCGAACGUAACGGGACCGGUGGAGAACGUGCUACGUAGCCUGAAGUUCAAGAUGAGCUUGCGUAAGGAGGAGAUCAUUGUGAAUAGCAAGAAUACCGAUCGUGAAAUCUGCCAACAGCAGCAAUAUCAACAACAGCAGCAAUAUCAACAGCAACAGCAACAAUUACCAAGAUUGCAACCCCUAGCGCCUAAACCCACAUCGAUUGUGGUAGCAAGCUUAUUGGGCUCGCCACUGGUCUUACCACGUACGCCUCUUUUGUUGGUCGCCAGCGCGACACCGACAAUGACCACUGCAACGACCACCACAACGAGCACGAGCGUGGCAGAGACGAGGCGACGCGUUUACGAAUGUGAGCACCCAGGCUGUGGCAAGAACUAUUUCAAGUCGUCGCACUUAAAGGCUCAUACUCGCACCCAUACCGGUGAGCGACCGUUUCCGUGCCCGUACAAGGAUUGUAGCCGCCGCUUCUCGCGCAGUGACGAACUGUCGCGGCACAAGCGCACCCACACUGGCGAGAAGAAGUUUGCAUGUGCCGUCUGUCAGAGGCGGUUCAUGAGGAGCGACCAUUUGGCGAAGCACGUGAAACGACACACUAGGGACAAGUCUUCCACGUCAACUUCCUCGAAUGGUCAGAUCGCCGCCUCUCAGAUGGCCCCGACGCCCCUGAGGGUGGUGCUGCCGGUGCUGGCACCGCGACUGACGCGACCCGUUCAACAUCUGAUACCGCCUCAAUUGGCUGCUUAAAGGAUGCACUCGCAAUUGUUAAAAUCGCGUUGCGAGUUGUAUUUUGCGCUUCGAACACGUGUGCCUUAAUCAGGAAACAAGAUCGAAUUGGAUUGGAUUUUGUUUCUAACAUAUGGACAUAAGGAAUGCUAGUGUAAAAAGAAAACUGGGUUGAUUCAAUAAUUUGGAAAAAUGUUAAAUACAAAAAGUGAAGUACCUAACAUUUUUACAAUAAAACUUGUAUCUAAGAUAUGAAAAAUGAAAAGUUUGAUCCAUCCCGAUAGAAUAUCAAUGGAAACAAAAACAUGACAGUGGACAUCGAUCUAUUGACAUUAAUCUGAUCAAUUGGAAGCAUAUGUGAUGAAGAAAACUUGGAUAUUUUAAGAUGGGAUUACUAGGAAGAAAAUAGAACAAAUUGAGCGAGGAGGAAGACUCUAGCGAGCUGUUAAAGGAGUGGAGCGAAGACAAGAGGCGAUGAUUGGUUCAUCGGGGAUUUCAUCAUCGUCCACAAACUAAGUACCUAAAUGUGUCUGUGAUCUGUGAAGAUUAGUGUGUCGUUCACUUGAGAGUUCUGCUAUCUCACGAAUCACUUGCGAAGAGUCAGAUUCGCAUUGGCAGCGAAUUCAGCCCUCAAUACGGCAGCACGCCUUUUCAGUUCGCGUUAAACAUAUCGAACAGUUGCAUUUAACGCUGCAUAUGAAUGGAACAUGAGAACAAAUUAAAAAUUUGUAAGGGUACGAUAAAAAAAUCGUUUGAUUCUUCGCUGGUCGGAGAUUCUUCGCAGGCAAUACAAAAAUAUAAAAAAUAUUUGAGACAUUAUAUCCGAUAUUUUCUCCAAUAUUUUUUCAAUUCAUUUUCGGUUUAUCUAUUGUUUAGCUUACUAUGGAUAUAGCCGCUCUCGGUAAAUGGAGUUUUCCAGCAUCGAGGUUGAGCGCGUUGACCGAGAGACAGAAAGAAAAAAAAAAUAUUUAUUUAUGAGACGAGACAUUAUUGAUUUAUGUAUAUAACGGUUAUAUGCAGGAUUCUAAGAUUUAUGAACGCAUUAACAAGACUAGUUGUACAUAUUGAAUAUGGAUAAUGUAGGAGCGGAUGCAAUAAUAAUGCCUCAGGAUGCAAUAAAAAUGUUAUCGAGUCUGUUGAUUUUUAAAAAUUAUUAUUGCCGUUUUUAUUUUACAUUUUCUCUAGCUAAUAUUGAAAUAUUAUUUUCUUUUUCUAGAGUUUAUUUAUGUUUUAUGGUCAUCAUUGUUGUAACUUAAAAUAUUGCAUUCGCUCCUGCGACCGCAGCAUGUAUAUAUGUAGAUAUAUGUAUUUGUUAAUAGUCAGGUGAAGAAACUUCACUUGGCGGCAUAAGACUUCAUUGUAUCGUUAAACUGUAUAAAAGUUUUUCUACAAUAAAAUAAAUUAUGUACUUUCGUAAA